AUGGGUGCCUUCCUCUCCCAGAUUUCCGGGAGCAAGAAGCGAAGGCAAAACGCAUUGACAAGGAAGGGAGGUCCAAAUGUAUCAAUGAUGGACACGAAAUUACCAAGAGGUCCUUCACAGCACACCCUCAAGAGGGUCACGAAGGUCAAGCCCAAGGUCGACAGACGUUGUUCCAAAUGUAGCAAGGCAAUCCCGGAGAGUGUUCAGAUCUACUGGAACCCACUCGAGCCAGAUGAGAAGUCCAAGAUGUGGUGCAAAAGCUGUUUCCCUUAUUGGGAUAAUCACAGCUCGGGUAAAAUGGUUGCCCAUCAGAAAAAAGCAAAAGUCAGUCAAAUGAAGCAAAAGACGACCGCACACAAAGCUACAGUCUGGCGAUAUUCUCACUUUGAAUACGACCAACCCGGUGAAUCUUCCUUUGCCAUUAAUGAAAUUACUUCGACUUCAGUGGGUUUUUCAUCGAAUAUUGGCGAUGAGUGGCACGGCCGACGCGUUAGAAGAAGAUUUAAACCCGGAUUCGCACAGGCCGGCGGAUACAGGGCUAUGCUGGAGAAACGAAAGCAUCGUUUACUGCCUAUGGUCUGGAGGCAGAUUACAGAUUUGCCCGAUUUCGAAUGUGAAGAAUGCAAGGUAACUCGCCUGGAGAGGUGGAUACUCACUGUCCAUAAUGGAGUGGCAAGACUAUCCUGUCUCAAAUGUCGCAAAGGUCUGUAUGAUGGUGCCAGGAAGACGAAAGAUGCCGGCCGGUCUCGGGCCUUAUGCCUCAGGCCGCUCACCGCCCGCCACGCACGUUAAUGGUUUUCUCAGUCGGAUAGUCUCAUGUAGUCUGAAUUCAUCCAUCAUCCACGUCCUUGACAAAAAAUACAAAUGGGGUAAUAACAUCUUCCAAGCAAUUCAGUCAAUGCAAGCAUUUCAUCAGUGCUUGAAAAGAGUCGCUAAGAUUGACAACAGUCUGCAGGCAAUCAGAGCACGAAAGGCAAAGGUCGUGGGUGAACGUAGUGAAGGCUUUGGGGCGAAGAAAGACCCGGGCUAAAUGCGACAAAUGCUAUUGGGAAGACCGGAUGAUACGAGAAAUUAUCAGGGUAAGGCUUCCUUGCACUCAUGACGAG